AUGGGUGAAGUUUCAUCAGCAUCGUUCGCCGACGUUACUUUUGCUCUUAUUCAAAAGGUCAGUCCACGGAAGAUAAAAAGAAGCGAUAUUCCGAAUGAGGCUUUCCAUGCACUUCGAAAAAUGGUUUCAAACGAGUUGUCAUCGAUUCCAAGCCCUCAUUUUGUUGCGGCAUUACCCAGCGGCGCGGCAUCGAAUGGUAAUCUACCGGAGGAUAUAGUAGAACCAGUGAGACCAAAUUUUGGGCUGUUCGAGGACGAAGAUUCUCGAAUGUCAGGAUGCGAAUCGUCCGAGGGAUCACAAUCCCAAUGCUCUAUUGAGGACGAACCUCAGAGGUUACUUGCCAAAAGUCGUGUUGGUGGCUACAGCUCGUCAGCUUCUUCACUUUCGCAGCUCAAUUCGCCACCAAAGUCACUCAAACAGAGCACUAGAGCUCGUCGUUUAACAGAAUUACGUGCUGCCAGAAGGAAAGCUGCUCAGACAGAUGAAACUCAUAUGUUUUGUUGUUCUGAAGAAGAUCUUCCUGUGGUGUUCGGACAGUGGUAUGAUGGCCUUUUGGAUGCCGGAGAACAGCCUGUAAAAUGUUAUCAACUCAUCGUUAAUUCGUUGAAGAAGUUCUUUGUAACGAACACAUUCGGGAACGCAGUGGAGACGAUGGUGAGCGACUUUCUUAGAGCUCAUGUCAUCCGAUCCUGUGCUGAAUUAAACCGACAGUACGAAGUUUCAACAACUGAUAGUGAACGUAGAUUACGUGAAACGCAAUUACAAGUACUUCUGGAGGUGCACAUUAGUCAUCUUGAUCCCAAGGGCCCAUCGAGAGUUCCUGAUAUCGUAAGGAAAAUGCGUAUCGUUUACUUCGUGGCCAAUGCAAGUAGUAUGCGUACAUUUUUGGAGGAGCAAGUGGCUGAUAAUUUUGUCCACCUUGUGCCAAAGCUGGUCGCAGAAUUAUUCGACGAAUUGUGCAUACAACUUCCCCAUGACCUGGAGGAGUAUGACUCCGUGUGGAAUAAAGAUGAUGAUCUCUCUUUCCCUCUGUUUAAUCAAAAAGGUGGCAACCCAACCCAACAACAGCAACUUGAUCAACUCAUCGAAGAAGUUCAAGCACCUGAAGAAGAACCUGUGAAUGGGAAGAUAAAAGGAGCGAAGAAAAAAUCUGAUCGUGGCGUAGAAGUUAACAUACAAACAGCAAAGGAUGAUGAAUCGCAGUCUGGGAAAACCACACAGAGGAAGUCUAGUCGCCUACAUCCACCUCGCACCAUUCCUGAAACUCCAGAAGAAAAAUUACGUGAACGUGUAAAAGAUGAAGAAGUUGAGGUUGUAAAAGCUACUCCGAUGGCAAAAGUUUGCGGAAAUCCAAGGCGACGCCAUUCAAGACUCUCCGAAUUGGUUCGUAUAAGUGAGGAACGGGCAAAAAUCCCACGAGCAGCUGCCAUAGCGUCGGCUAAAGCUUGUAAAGCUAUAAUUCAGGCGUCUCAAAGUGUUGUGCCGACAUCCCGUGACUCCCUUCUCGGAUUACACACUCCUUCACCUCGGCCUCAAAGGGCCAAGUCGAACCUACUAAGUAGAUUCAGCAACACAGUCAACAAAGAAUCGAAGGAUAAAGAGGCCGAAGAAGUGCCUAUGCGAGUGUUACGAAGUUCGAGUACUUCGCACAAUACGCCUCCUAAGAGGGCAGCCGACGUAAAACCUAGUUCGUCGGAGCCUCCCGAGAAGAAAACUCGACUCUCAUCUUCUGCUACAUCUGCACCUACUUCUACCCCCGUGAAUUCUCCCUCCACUGCCGGAAUAGACGAGAUUCUUGGAAAAGAACAAUUGUCUAGAUUUCAACGCCGUGUUGAGGAAAUCAACAACAUUAAAGAAUUGGAUGAGUCUGAGGUUUACUACGAACCAUUGCUGCGUAGAACUAGCCUUUACGACGAAGAGGUUGUGAGUUUGCCAAAUGGGAAAAUACAGCAGAAUCGCACACGACGAUUGAUAACUCCAUCAUCGGCUGCCCAUCUUGCUCAUACUUUACUGAACGUUGAUAACGAUACGCCGUUGGAGGUGUGGAAGCUUCCCCGAAAUCUGCCGUCACCGGAGAAAAUGCCUCGCAUGAUCCGCACUGGAAUCAACGCUAUAAAAAUGAAGAAAAUUCAAAGGAUGCGAGAGCAGUGUUGUAGUGCUCCGUCGCCUACUGGUAGUCGAGAAUCUGAAAGGUCGACUGAAACAGAAUAG